GGUCUUGCGGGAUGCGUCGUCGCUGGCAGGUUGGCAGAAGCCGAUCGCAACCUCAAGGUUCUCGUAAUCGAGCAGGGUCCCAACUCCUACGGCGUCCCCGAGGUUGUAUAUCCAGCCUUGUAUCCACGAAACUUGUACCCCACUAGUAAGCUCACACUUUUCUGGCAUGGCAAGGAGUCCAAAGAGCUUGCAGGGCGAAGGCCUAUCGUGCCAUCCGGAGGCACUCUGGGCGGCGGUUCCGCUAUAAAUUGGAUGGUGUAUACAAGAGCUCAGAGGUCAGACUUUGAUUCCUGGAAGGCGGAAGGGUGGACUGCGGACGACAUGCUUCCGUUCCUGAAGAAGCUUGAGACAUACCACGGCAAAGGCGACGCGGAUCGACACGGUGACAGCGGACCUAUCAACAUCUCCAAAGGCACACAUGUAUCAAAGCCGUCUGAAAACGCCUUCAUCGAGACGGCCACGGCUCUUGGUUACCCCGAAGUCUCCGACCUCCAGAACUUGGACAACAACAAUGCCGUGGAAAGAUACUACAAAUAUAUUGGCCAAAAUGGCAGACGCCAAGAUGCAGCACAUCGCUAUCUGCAUCCCAAGCUGCAAAGCAACGACUACCCCAACUUGCAUGUGCUUACUGAGAAGCAAGUCAUUCGCGUACUUUUCGACGGCAAGAAAGCGGUCGGCGUCGAGUACCAGACCAACCCGAAAUUCAUGGCAAAUCCAGAGUUCCUCGACACGGCCUACACUGCCAAACGAACGGUCACAGCUAGCAAACUUGUUGUCAUUUCUGCCGGUGCAAACGCGACCCCGGGCAUAUUAGAGCGAUCGGGAGUCGGUAACGCAGAAAUCUUGAGAAAGGCUGGUGUGGAGUGCAUUGAGGAUCUGCCUGGUGUGGGAGAAGAUUAUCAAGAUCAUCAUUUGAGCUUGUGGUCGUACCGAACUAAUCUUGAGGCAAGAGAGUGCAUCAAUGGAUUCCAAGACGGCCGAUGGAACAUCGACGAAGCAAUUCGGAUGAAUGAUGAAUUACUUGGGACCAAUGCGAUGGAUGGGCAGGGUAAGUUCAGGCCGACGGAGGAGGAGGUCGAUGCUCUUGGACCAGAAUUUAGGAAGGCCUGGGACCGAGAUUUCAAGAAUGUUCCAGACAGGCCGCUGAUGAUCAUGGCUUUGUACAACUGCUACUACGGCGACCACUCCAUGCUGCCCGACGACGCCGAAUACGUCUCGCAGGCAAAUUGGACCGGCUACCCCUUCUCUCGAGGCUACACUCACAUCACAGGCCCUACCAUGGCCGACCGUCCGGACUUCGAGACCGGCUGGCUCAAAGACGCCGGCGACAACGAUGUGAAAAAACACAUCUGGGCCUACAAACUCUCCCGCGAAAUGUGGCGUCGCAUGCCCAUCUUCCGCGGCGAACUGGCAACCAACCAUCACAAAUUCCCCGAAGGAAGCAAAGCCUCGGUCGUAGAAAAAGCCGAUGGUCCACUCGCACGACACGGACAUGAUGAACGGAUCGAAUACACCGCUGAAGAUGAUAAAGCCAUCGAGCAGAAAAUCCGGGAGAUCAUCUCGACGACUUGGCAUUCGUUGGGGACUUGUAAGAUGGCACCCAGAGAUAGGAAGGGGGUGGUGGAUCAUACGCUUAGCGUGCAUGGUUUGGGGAAUCUGAAAUUGGCGGAUUUGAGUAUUCCGCCGGAGAAUGUGGGGGCUAAUACUGGAGGGACGGCUUUUGUGAUUGGGGAGAGGGCGGCGGAGAUUUUUGUUCAGGAGUUGGGGUUGAGGGGGUGA